CUCAGCUCUCGCAGGAAUGUGAAGAUUGCGGAACAUGGCCGCAGAGAAUAAACAAGUUUUCGUUCGUAGCUCCAUGGGAGAUGUUCAAAAAAGCAAAUUUCUAUUUCGCUGGCAGUAUUUCAUAUGCUAAAUGUUUUCCUCAUAAUAACUGGUGUUCCCGUGACUGGCAUUGCAGAGGGGGAAAUUGUACCUUUGGGUGAAAAAAUCACUUCAUUUCGUCGUACGCGCCCUGCCCACCACUGCUGCGGCCAACUUCAACUCGAGUCUCAAGUAUCAUGUUUGCAAUUAGAUUUGACAUGGAGUUUCAACGUUGAACAGUUCACAUUGUUCUGAGACGAAAUGAGUAUGGAUAGCAACGGAUUGAGGAAGACGAUUCGUGUGAAGAUAAUCAGCAUGGGAAAUGCCGAAACAGGAAAGAGUUGUAUUAUAAAGAGAUACUGCGAGAAGCGAUUUGUCAGCAAGUACCUGACAACAAUUGGUAUUGACUACGGUGUCACCAAGGUUGUUGUGAAGGAUCGCACUGUAAAAGUCAACAUCUUUGACAUGGCUGGCCAUCCAAUCUUCUUUGAGGUCAGGAAUGAGUUUUACAAGGACACCCAGGGGGCGCUGUUGGUGUACGACGUCAGCAACCGGGCCAGCUUCGAGGCUCUAGAUGCCUGGCUGGUCGAGAUGAAGCAGGAGAUUGGAUCCCCCAGCGAACUGGAGAAAGUCUUCUUUUGUGUUUGUGCCAACAAGAUUGACAGGUCGUCCCAGCGUCAGGUGGACGAGAGUGAGGGGCGGCUGUGGGCUGACCAGCACGGCUUCCAUUACUUUGAGACAUCAGCAUUAUCGGGCGAAGGGAUCGCAGAGGCUUUCCAGGAGUUGUUCAGCGGUCUGGUGACUGCAUAUGAAAAUGGCGGCCGAGCUGUCAGAAUAACAACCACCCUAGGUUACACCAAGGAACAGGUGGAGGCCAUACAGAGACUGAAGAACAGCAAGAAUGACUAUGAGAGGCUGGGUCUCAGACCGGGAGCAUCCAAAGAUGAUGUGAAUAAAGCCUAUCGCAAGAUGGCCGUCAUUCUCCACCCUGACAAGAGCAUAGCGCCAGGAAGCGAAGAAGCUUUCAAGAUUCUUGUUAGUGCCAGGACAGAGCUCCUGAAAAACAGAUAAUGAAAUAUCCAAGACGUUACUGAGUGAGUUGAUGAAACCACAUAAAAAAGCUGUGGAAAAGCCCACCGUCUCCAGAUCCAUCAAAAUCUACUGAAAGGUUGUGGAAGACUUCAAGGGAUUAAGGAAUUCAGAGCCAAGCCAUCAUUACCCUACAAAAAGCUAGAAUGCCCCAUGAAAGCUGGAAGUAUAGAGAAUGUGGGAUUUGUUCCCACAAGGCUUUGUUGGAUUCAGGAUGGUACAUGUAUAUAUUCCUUGCAAAAAUGGCAAGAGAUUUGGGGCUGAUUACAAACUUUUGCAAAUGCAGCUGAGCUGAGAGUAUGCAAUGACUAAGAACAUUGAUUUUCCUACAGUGCACCUGUUUAGUGUGCAAAACUAUCAGUCAAGGCAUACCUUUUCGUGUCAACUUCAGUGUUCUGGCAAAAUGAUAUACACACCAUGAAUGUUUAUGCAGUGGUAUGCAUCAUUUCAUGAUGGGUCAUAUUGAUCAAUACGCUGGAGCCAACUGGAAUAGAACAUUCAAUCUGUCAUCAAAUCAAAUUACUCUUUCCAUCCCAUGAAUCUGAAAUAUUCAUUAGUUUGUUUCAUACAAUGCCUGAAUAAAUCCGAAAGUCACCGUUUUACUUUCACAGUGCAGUGUAAAAGCACAAAACAAAAGGUUUUUCGCAUUCUAAGCCAUGAUUGAAGUUUUGUCUGUUCAGGUGAAAGGCUCCGUCUUCUCCGUGUGUACGUGUGGAGAGCUAUGGCUAUGUCUUUGUGCAUGAGCCUAAUUCAGAGGGGUAUAUAUAAGGGCAUACAUGCCUAACGGUUACACCAUACAAGUUACUGACACGACCAAUAACCCACCAGUCAGAUGGCAAGGAUGUGUUCAGGUGUUGUAUGAUUUUGAAUGAAGCACUGGUAGUGGACAGAAUCGUAUCAUGACUAUUGUAUAAAAAUGUCUCACAUAUCAUUUGAUUGACUUUUGAUGGACUCACACAAAGUAUUUUUCAUCUGGUGGUCAGUUUGUUCCUGAAGCUUCAGAGCUUGGCUGGAUUUGGUUUGGUAAAAACUGUGUUUGAUAUUUUGUUGCAUUUUAAUAACCCACUGGUUUGAUGAAAAAUACAUUUUUCUCUUUAUGAAGUGAAAAACCUUUGUAAAUACCUUUCAUUUCACCGGGAGCCUAAUGGCAGGUGUAAAGCCUUGUUCUUAUCCGACUUUUUUUUGUAUCAGUACUACAACUGAGUGGAGGAAUCACACAAUGUAAUCCAGCCAGAGCGCACAGACAAAAAUUGAUGUCCUUGUUAGUUUUUACCGUCACGUUAGCAGUAAAUUACAUGUAACAGACUGAAAGUUCCUACAAAGCAGCAGUAGUUUUGCAGGGCCAAUUGAAGAAGUCGGUAUUUGGGGCUCCUGAAGUCAAAGUUCAGGGCCAUCCUUAUAAUAUUACAAGCCAAACAAAUAGUUAAAACCAAUCUCCGUCCAGAGAUAUUUUCCCAUUAUUUGAAUACUUUUGUAUUGACCAAAGAAAAUGACAUAAAAUGUAUUUCAGUAGUUAUUCUUGACUAAUCCGUCCAGUGCAGGUCAAACUAACGUUUUCAAUUUCUGAGUGACAGAAAAAUAUUUGAGACUGUACUUGCUGUAGAAGUGUAUGAAAUUAAUUUCAUAGUUUACUUACUGUACCUGCAUAAUGAGCUGUGGUGUGGAUACGUCACUGCUCAGGUUGUCUUAUAUUACGCCCAGAAAUGUGCCUAGUUUAAAGCAAUAAACAGCUUGCCAGUAACACAAGAGACACAGUUAGCAUCAUACAUGUUCAUACAUGUACAUGUAGUUCUUCCUUGUGUGAAGAUGGUCGGUUGCAGUACAUGUAAGGCAAUUUCGUCAAGAUGCAUUUAAAGUUUGAAGCCUAUUUUCCCAAUUACUGAGCUGUUAAAUAUGAAGCAUACUCAGUCCUGUUUUUCAAUAUCUCUGAGUGUGUCUCAUUAAUAACUGAUAACAACUGACCAAAUAAGAUUUCUUAGUUCUUCACAUUUUUAUUUACCAUUUUCUUAUAAUUUUUUUAUAAAUAGUAAAUAUUUAUUUCACUUUGUGGAUUUGUACAUAGUUUUGUUUAACAUAUUGUAUGCAAAAAUCUGUUAUUGUUCUUAACAUUCGGCGUGUUUGGCAGAAAUGUAUUUUCAUCAUUAAAAAAAGACCACCUACUGUGCUGUAGUAAUUUCCAA